CAAAAAUCCAAAAAAUCGCCGCAACGCGGGGCGCGAGCAACGUGGCAACUCUCACGUCGCAUUCGUCAUUUUUUCCAGCCAUUCGAGGCGUUGGCACCCAAAGAAGGCAUCACUAAUGAGCGCCUACGCCGUCGACGCGGUGGUCGUGCAGCGCGAGGACGGCACGCGGCAGGCCACGGCGUUUCAUGUCCGUUUCGAGCCGACCACGAGGGCGCAGCUGCGCCGCGCGUCGACGAGCAUCAGCCAGCGGGCGACGCGCGCGCUGCGCUGGGCGCGCGGCGGCGAGGACGACGGAGGCUUCUCCGAGGACGAGGAAGAGGAGAACGACGUCCGCGUCGAGUUGGACGGCGAAGGCAUGGUCACCUGCGAGUGCGUUUCUGAUGGAGACGACGGCUGGUGCCGCUUUGCCGGCGGCGACCGCCCUUCGCCAGAGGAGCUGGCGACGUGGCCUCUGCAACCGGGCCGCAACGACCUCGUCUAUGAGAGCGGUUCUAGAAAAUGCAAAAGCCGCUGCUACCUCUGGCGUGAGGGCGACUUUGUGCUUGCGUGCGACGUCGACGGGACCGUGACGAAAUCUGACGUAAGGGGCUUCCUCGACUCGACGCUCUCCAUGGUACCGACGCACGCCCACGACGGUGUUUGUGCGUUCAUGGCGCAGGUCGUCGCCCCACCCAGAGCCCGCAUGCUCUACUUGACCAAUAGACCCGCGGGCUGGGCAGGCAAGACGCGGGCCUUCCUAGCGAAGCUCGACCAACGCGGCUCUAAGUUACCGGACGGGCCCGUCCUCUGCCAGCCCGCCGACGUCAUGGCCGCUUUUGCUGGCGAGGUCACGCAUGCCCCGAACCCGUUCAAGACGAAGGCGUUACUAGAUGUGUCAAGGGCGGGGCUGCGCCUGGCUUGUGGGUUUGGGAACAAUGGGAGGGACGCGGACGCCUACGCCCGGGCGGGCGUGCCCGAUCUGGCCAUAUUUGUGAUUGACGAGGCGUCUUCCAUAACGCUGCCGCGGGCGCACAGGUCCGCGGGGCGCUUCGACGGCUACGGGGAUGCGGCGCUCGUCGAGCGCGUGCGCGGGCUGCUGUCGGACGUCGUCGAUCGGCUCAUGGAGAAGACCGGCGACGCUGUGGUGAUUUGACGCUUUUUGUGGUAGUUAAGACAAGUAUA